AGGAUAAGGUAGAAAGGAAAGGGAUAUCCUAGUAUUCUAGCUAGCCAGCCAUGGCCUCCUACUAUGCAAUAGUUGUGCUUUCCCUGCUAGUGUUUUCCAUUUCUGCUGGUCAUGCACUGGAUGAGCAGGAGUUGAAAACAACCCUAUACAUAAAACAGAAUUAUGCCCAAGACCAAAGAGUUGUGGGAACUGACACCGUCGUCAUUAAUUGGGUCAUAAAGGAUGGGCCAGAUGCUGCUGCGAAUACCAUCGGGCACGCAGAGGGCCUGACAACCCAUGCAAAUCUUGCCACGAAUUUCUGGGUAACCAUAUUUGAUAUGGUGUUCGAGGGUGGAAGCCUAGCUGGAUCAACACUAAAAGUGAUGGGGCUUCAUGGGGGGAUGAGUACCGGACAAGGCCAGUGGAGUGUUAUGGGGGGCACAGGAGAACUUACAAUGGCACGAGGUAUUAUAAAUUACAAAAUAACCCAAGAAGAUGGUACCAGCAGGACCUUUGAAAUAUCCAUAUGUGUGUUCUACACUUCAAAGUCUACUGUUCCGCUUUUGGGUGGUAUUAAUAUUGGCCUAUUUCCUUGAGGACAGUGAGCUUCAAGCAGACAUCUUCACGAGCAUGUGUGUGAGGCGACAUGACGACUACAUCUACAAUCUAUUUUAUCCUUGAUCCUUAAUAAAUGAACCCCUCUGUGUUGUGAGUGACAAAAUACACAUUUCUACUACUCCAGAGCUGGAAUGUUCCUUGUAAUUGGUUCUACAUUUUAUGUCAAGUUCAACUCCUUGUCCCAACAGAUCUUAUCAUCAAUAAAGUGUGCGCCAUUUGUGUUCUA